AGUAUGAAUGAAUUAUCCAUAUUCUUUUAAACUUUUUUCAUUGGUGGGUCUUUCGUAUAAUGUUGUAUAUAUAACCUAAGCAGGCUGUAUUUUUGGACAUGGAUCGUUGCUUUAUUGUAGUACUAGCGCUCUGCGCAUCGGUUGAAUUCACCAUUUGACAGAGGCACAUACAUUUAAAUGUAGUAUUAUGUAUAUAUGAAUGUCGUCAGCAGACAGGUGUAGUGAUUUUUAAAGUGACAGUUCAGGUAUCAUCAUGGAUCAGGAACCCUGCGACAACAGCACGACAAACAACGAAAAUAAUAAUCAUUGUGAAAAUUGUAGCAAAACACAUGAAACAAGUUCCUCAACAUGUGAACAGUUCAAUAAAAUGGAUGUAGAACGUGAGGAAGCUUGCGGUCUUCGUCGAUCUACAAGGAAAAAGAAAAAACCGAAUGAUGAAGAUGAUACUUCUGUGGAAUAUAAUCUGAGGGACAUUACACUUAUCAAUAGAGUGCAAAGUGAACGCAAACGACGCGAGCCUAGGCAGCCGAAGCCAAAAGCCAAACCUCCACCGCUCAGCAAAUACCGACGAAGAGCAGCAAACGCACGCGAGAGAGGUCGGAUGGUGGAGAUCAAUGAAGCUUUCGAGGAUCUUCGGAAAGCAUUGCCCAACAUAGAAGCUGGGAGAUCAUCGAAGCUGACAAAAAUCACUACGCUCAGAUUAGCAAUGAACUACAUUUCUGCUCUCAGACAAACUUUGGGUUUUGAAGAUGAUCUGAACUCGGAUGCAUCUUCCCUUCGAUCUUCCAGCUUAUCUUCCUCUGGGGAUGAACAGUGCUUAAGCCCGUCUGAUGGUGAGCUCAUUUCGCCAGACGAGGCUGAUAUAUUAGGGGACGAAAAUGCAGAAGACAUUCUUGCAGCUAAUAUUGACCUUGUUCAGUUAGAUCUGGAUGCAACAUCAGAUCUUCUGCUAACGUAAACAUAGUGAUACAAAUGAGGACCAAUAAUUCUCGAACAAGCCUCGAUCUCAGAACAAUGCUCAGAUUCCAUUAAUGUGAGUGAAACUGAACAAGACACUCUUAAAAGUGCUCAAACUUGGCAGGUAUAUGUGUGAACCAAAAAUCAUUCAUCAUCUGCAGAUUUUGUGAGAUUUUAAAAUUUCAUGUACAAUUCAUCGAAAAAGCGUUGAAAUAUACUCAAGUGUUCUGAGUCCCUUGGGGACGAACUGCCGGGACCCCCAUUCCGAGAGAUUAUAAGAAUUCACGAUGUUCGAACACCCUCAAGGGCCCCUUGUGUAUAUUGUGAUAUGGCAUGUCUCAAGACAAGGUUUAAUUUUUUAUGACUAAAUUUAUUUACAUUGAUUUACAUUUUAAAUGAUCACGAAUGAUGUGACAGUCAUAAAUCCGGACAACAUCGGAGUGUAAAUGUGAAGAUUCGGGUCAGUUCUCUGUUUUAUACUACUCUACCUCAGGAAUGUAUUAACUAAGACGUUUUCUUGACUUGGAAAUGAAAAUCUUGAUGACUUCAAGAGGCUUGCAUGUUAGUGCACCGCUUCUGAAAGCCAUUAUUGGACUAAUGGGGAUUACGAUCAUGAAUGGACCGUAAACCAGUGAAUGAUCUUUAUUUAAAAGCAGAACAGUUUUACUUUCAAUGUUAAACAAUAUUUUUGUAGCUAUUUAUAUAUUUCUCUCUUUAUAUAGACUUAAUGCAAAGGAGAGAAAUAGUACAGAUGUACCAUGCUUUGUAGCAAAGGUACCGUUUUAUAAACAUGAAAGAUUUAUUGAUGUUUCAAAGAAA